AUGGCAAGGCGAGCCAUUGCUUCCACCAUAGACUCCAUCGACAAGCAUCUACUGGCGGUCAACAAUGGCAUCCACUCCCACCCCGAGCUCUGCUACCAAGAGGUCUUUGCCCAUGCCACUAUAACCGACUUCCUCGAGUCUCAAGGGUUCAAGGUCGAACGCCAAGCAUACGGCUUGGACACGUCAUUUGUGGCAGAAGCAGGCUCGGGUGGCCGACUCGUCAUCUUCUGCGCAGAAUACGAUGCUCUUCCAGACAUAGGUCACGGGUGCGGUCAUAAUCUCAUCGCAACCGCCUCCAUAGCUGCAUUUGUUGGAGCUGCCAGCGCACUACUUGCACUGGGCAUCGCUGGCCGCGUUCGGAUCCUCGGUACUCCUGCUGAGGAGGGAGGAGGCGGCAAGGUCAAGCUCAUCGACGCCGGCGCCUUUUCUGAUGACGUCUCUGCAGCGAUGAUGUGCCACGCAAUGCCAGCCCAUCAGAUGAAAGGUGGGAAGGCAGGCAUAGCGGCGUUCCGUACCCUGGCAUCUCGACGCCUUGGCAUGGAGUUCUUUGGCAAGAAUGCACACGCUGGACAGGAGCCGUGGAACGGCAUAAACGCUCUUGAUGCCGCUGUCAGUACGUACACGACAGUGUCCAUGCUUCGCCAGCAGAUCCAACCACACCAGAGGGUACAGGGCGUUAUAGAAGAGGGAGGAAAGGUUCCCAACAUCAUUCCGGAUUACACUAAAAUGACUUGGGGCGUGAGAAGCUUCUCUAGCGGAGAGGUGGACGCGUUAUCCGAAAGAGUGGAAGCUUGUGCAAACGGCGCUGCCAAAGCGACAGGCUGCACUGUCAAAAUUACACGGGCGGUACCUUAUAAAGAGUUGCGAGUCAACGAAGCCCUGUCUAAAACUUACGUCAAUGAGAUGGCAUCGCUGGCCAAGGAUGUUCUUUACGAGGAUGAUGAGCCCUCAUCAGCAGGAACGGACAUGGGCAACGUCUCACAUGUUGUUCCAAGCUUUCACGGCAUAUUCGCCAUCCCCACGGCCCCCGGGGUCCCUUGCCACAACCGGGCUUUCACCGAUGCAGCCGGCACUACUGAGGCCUAUAGAGAAGCUGUGAAGGCUGGAAAGGGCAUGGCAAUGGUGGCUAUUAGGAUACUCGAGGAUGCGGAUCUGGCGGCUAGGGUGAAACAUGACUUUGGGAGACAAAGCGGCUAG